ACCGUACUCGUCAUCACCUUAUCGCAAGUAAAAGUGAACAGUCUCGACAGUUUUCGAUAUGAGCACAAAGUAUAAUUAUCAAUCCUCAAAGCUCGCUCAGAGAAAAUAGCCUUUAUAAUUUUUAUUUUUGCCACAUUUUUUACCAUGACAAAUUCGAGUAGGAACGAAAAACUAAAAACAUCGGUUUUCUAUGGAAAUGAACGGCUUUUAUGUUACGAUCCUCCGGUUCCUGCAGGCUUUCGUAAAGGGAAGGUGGAACUUGAUUCAUUAGAAGGCAUAGAUUUUUAUCCGAACGCGUGUCAUGUUUGUCGAGCUUACGGUGAGAAGGUCAAAUUGAAAAGAUGUGGGAAUUGCAAGGCUAUAGCUUAUUGCAGUAAGGAACAUCAAACACAGCAUUGGCCAGAACACAAAAAUAUCUGUCGAGUUUUCACCAAAGUCAGUAAAUGUUGCGAUGAGAAGUUCAAAAUGGAUGCCCUUUGUUCGAAAGAUCUCAACACAGCUUGGGUUGAAGCGAGAACGAAUUUGAUGAAAAUCACUGCGUCCGAGUUGAAUAAUCGACUUUCGCCUAUUGAAUUAGACAUGAUAUGGUUUCCGAGGUCUUGUGAAAUUUGUCACGAAACGGAUCCAUCGAAACUAAACGAUUGCACAGAGUGCCCGAACAGCAGUUUUUGCAUCAAACAUCCAAGGGAAAGCAGCCAUCAUUUUGCCACGUGCGGAACACUGAAAUUUUGUUUCGAUAUGAACGCCGUGUCGAUGAAGCCGAUAGAUGUGCCUCUGGUACCAAACUAUGGUAAGAGCAUGCCAGUUAACAUGAACCAAGCGAUAGAUGUUUACUUGAAGCAUCAUGAUUUGGAUAAUAUUUAUGAGUCGUUGAACAUUUGGGCUGCGCUUUUGUCUGAACGCUUGACAAAGCCGUACACUUUCUUGUUUGCAAUGCAAAAAGUAUCUCUGCCAAAAAAGCGCUACAUACAAAUUCAUGUUAUUGGUGCAAACAAAAAAGAAAUGGACAACGUGCAUUUAUGGGAAAAUUUACUCCAUCACAAUGAAUUCCUCAAAGAACUCAAAAUUGUUUUUGUCGGCCCUGAACUUCAGACUGGUCCAAUUAAAAUAAAACUCUGUGAUCAAUGCAAGAAAAACAAGCGCAAAAUGAUUCUCCAACGUGUCGGGGAUCUGUAUCCAAACUUUGCGGGUGGUGAUUUUUUUACAAGGCCAGAUUACGUCAUUGGAUUUCAAUUAGGAAUUGGCUUUUCCGGCUUAAGCGGCUUCAGCCUUGCUUGGGAUCAAACUCUCGAUAUCCUGAGUGUAAUCCGCUGUCCUUUUAUCAUCACUUCAUACUGUGCCAUGGAAUCACAAAUGGACCAAACUUACAUUAAUGCACAGUUCGAAGCAAGAAUGGAAUUUUGUUGGACUGGAAGGAAUCCGUUCUCUAGCCUGUUGCCUCGCAGAGACUUGGAUUGCAAUGAUUUUUAUUAUGUCAAUCAAUAUUUGACCGUUUACAAAACACUUUUACCUCUUGAAAAAUAAAAGCUUCACAUUCUAAAAGGAAAUGGAAAUCUUCUAAAAAAUCGAGAUCAAUGAAAUGUGUUAAAAUUUAUUUCUUCCAAUAGUUUUCAAAAAUGGAACAACUCAGUAGAUUUCAAUCACAUGAAAAUGGUUGCAACCUUGACAGUACAUUCUUGUAAAUAAAUAAAAGGAAAACCUUCAACUGUUACAAUAGCGACUCUACCUAGUGAUAAAAAAGCUUUUUUGGGAUCAAAUAUUUUUAAGAGACAAACUCUUUAAUCAAAUAUUACUUAAUAAAAACUCAAUAAUAUUUCAUUUUUUAUAUUUCUGUGAAGUUAAUUAAUAUAAAGAAAUUAAGAAUAAGAUAUACUUUGAAAAAAAAAUAUGUAAAAAUUCUCAUGGUUUAAUAGAUAAAAAUUUUGAUCAGGCAUCUGGUUUGCCAAAAAAUACUACCGAGUGCAUAACUGACAUAGUUUAGAUUUUCUGAUUAAGAAAAUUAUUUGCUUUUCCAACGAUGGGACUUUCAAUAUGAAAUGCAAAGACAACUUUAUUUUUUAUUCAAUGAAAAUCGAAUUCCAUUUAAAUGGAUACAAGUACAUAUAGCUUUAGUAAUAAAUGAAAUACUUUGAGUUACGAUUACGAGUCAUGUUUAGUUCAAGGCUCAAAAAAAUAUUUUCACCAAAUUUUCUACUGUAUUUUAAGCGCUUUGUAAUACUUCAUUUAUAAAAACAAACACAUGAUGUAAAUAUUUUUUUUUGUUAGAUAAAAAUUCAGAGUUUUUUCCAAU